AUGCUCGGCGUCCAAGGCACCGCUGCCGUCGCUGGGACACUCCUCGCCUAUCACCUCGCUGAUCUUCUCCUCGCCACCACGGCAGUCCCUCUCUACUGCGCGGUGUACGGGAAGAUCGGUGGCAUUGCUCACGCUGUUGGGCUACUCCUCCGUCCGCACUCGCCCGAGGUCGUCGUGACUGUCGCCUGUCUCGCCCUCGCCCGCCUCGCCCGAUUCGAGGUCUUUAAGGUCCUCAUGUCCGCCCAUGCCCCGCUCCUUCACCCGGGCCUCGUCGCUCUGCUCGACUCGCGGUCACCGGCUGUUGUCCACGCUGCCUCGCUCACUCUUGCCGAGCUCUGCGCCUGCUCCACCUCGACUCGGGCUGCGCUCGGCGCAGACGGUGCCCUCCAUGCGAUCUUUGCCCACAUCGACGCUGCUGUCUCUGCUGCCGAGCGCGCACUCGCGUCGUCGGCCGUCGCCACAGCCGCGGCUGUCUUUGCGCGCGCUGCGUCGCUCUUUCGUGCCGCCGCGCAGCUUCUCCUCGCUCGCGAGAACAGGGUCCUCCUUUUUGACGCGCUCCUCGCCUCGCUCGACGGCACUCCUCAUCAUCCGUCUUCGCUCUCGGUCGACACACUCACGUCGCUGUUCGAGGUGGCCAGCGGCAUCAACCACGCCCUGCUCUCGACGAGCUCCUCCCCGACCUGGGCUGCCAAGCUCGCGCCGCCCGACGCCGAGGCCCUGCCGGCUGCUCUUUACGCGCUCACCUCGCUUGUGGCGGCGCUUGCCGAGGGAGUUGGCUCGAUCACGGACACCGGUAACGACGCCCUUGUCACACUCCUCUUUGAGCUUCCCGUAGCGCACUUUCUCCUCCAGGCAAUCGCGCUCUUUGCCUCGCCUCUCGCCUCGCUUGCCGACCGGGCCACCGCAUCCGAGUUCUCCUCACUCGCCGAUCGGCUCGCCACUGUCUCUCCUUUCACGCUCGCGCUUGACGCGGCAGCCAGAGGACGCGGGACGUCGGCUCUCACCUCUCCGCCUGCCCUCCCUCCCGCAACGGCCGCAGGCCUUCUCGGUGCAACGCACAAGCCUGCGGCGCCGUCGUUGUCGAUGCCGAUUGUGUCGAUCUCUGUGGAGGGCUCGCGGAUGGCAGUCCACGCGCUCGCGCUCCUCGCGCGCUUCCCUCUUUUUGCAGACUGGAUGGCGCUCCUUGCGACGCCGCCGUCCGGGACCGGGCGCAAGACCUCGUCCGGCACGCUCCUCCUCUACGCCCUCCGCGAUGUGCUGUCGGCACCGGCGCUCGCCGACGAGGCGUACUGCGUCGGGCAGGUCCUGUCGGUUGUCGGCCUCGCCGCGGCGCACAAGUCGUCGCUCAUGCUCGCCUCGCUCUUUCCGCACCUCAUCCACCUCCUCGGCUCGCCUGCGUCGAAUCCGUGCGUGGCCGGGGCGGCCGCCGGAACCCUCAUCGCCAUUGCACAAGCGGAGGGCACCGAUGUUGUGGCCUCGCUGCUUGAGGACGACCUUGACGCCAUCCACGGGCUCCUUGCCUCGCGGCACGCCGGGCUCCACGGGUACGGGGUCGGGCUGGUCAUUGUUGUGGCCGAGACGGAGGCUGGGCGGAUUGCGCUCGGGCGGUCGCCGUGCCUCCGGGCGCUGAUGGGCAUGGUGGUGCCGGGUGCCGAUGCGCAGAACCUGGUUCUUGUCUGUCUCGCGGUUGGCCUUCUCUCGCUCAAUCUCACCAACGCGAUACGGAUGGUGGCCGGCGGCCUCCUCUCGCCGCUUGUUGCGCUGGCGACCUCGUCGGCGUCGCGCGACAUGCGGCUCCAGUUCCUCGCCUCGUGGGUCCUUGUCUCCCUUCUCGCACACGCAACGUCGGCGUCGAACAAGGCCGCCCACGAUGCGGCGGGGACAGCAGCAGUCAUUGCCAGCGUCUCGUCUGAGUGGCGCGAGCUCGUCUCCUCCAUUGUUGACGAUGCGCGAGCCACUGGGUUGCUGCCGCAGCUCCCGGCCGGGUGCGAGGUGUGGCGGUCCGAGGCCCACUUUCCGGUCCAUCACCUCACGCGGCUUUCGCAGGCGAGCCCCGACCUUGAGGUGCGGACUUGGCUAGCAUGGGCACUCUCGUGGCUCUCGUUCCAGGACGACUACCACGGCCCGUUUGCGUCUUCGCUCCUUCGGACCAUCCACAUUCUCGGCGAGACCGAGUCGCGGCACGUCCAGUCGGGCGUGGCCGUCACGCUCUACAACAUGUGCCGAUCGCUCUCGCCUGAUCUCCACGCGGCACUUGUGGCGGACCCGCGAAUUGUGCCGCUUCUGGAGAAGCUUGCUGGCUCGCACUAUCAGGACACGAGGGAUCUCGCGCAAGACGCACUCUCGGCACUCCGCGAGGCCGAGGCGGAGGGCACUGCCUCUGCGUCUGCACCCUCUAUCCCCCCUCCUACCGGGCAUCUUGUCGUGCCCGGCCAGGCAGCAAGUUGA